AUGUGGCCGAACAGCCUCGGAGGUACUUCCGGCUGCAGCGGGGGCGCCGGCGCCGCCGAUCUCGGGGGCCUCGCCGCCUCCACCACCUCGGCCUCCGAACUCUUUGGGCCCGCGGCGUUCGGCGCGUCCGCCGCGGGGCCCUAUGGCGCUCUCAAGACGGCGCCCUACAUGGGUCUCAGCAUGCCGAUCGAUGCGCUACACUCCACUAUUGGUUAUCCCGGUUGUACACCCGCCGGCAAUCCAAGAAAGCAACGGCGGGAGAGGACAACGUUCACACGAUCGCAGUUGGAUAUAUUAGAGGGGCUUUUUUCAAGAACAAAAUACCCUGACAUCUUUAUGCGUGAGGAGGUCGCCAUGAAAAUCAAUUUACCGGAAUCGAGAGUGCAGGUGUGGUUCAAAAAUCGGAGAGCCAAAUGCCGACAGCAGCAGAAACAGCAGCAACAACAACAAGAUAAGACGCCGAGAUCGAAAAAGCCCUCGGGGAGCCCGGCUAAUAAUCCACCCCCUGGAAAAAGUCCUUCAAUUACCACCCCGCCCACGCCCGCCGCCGCGGUACCUGCUACUACGCCCUUGAGCGGAGGCACGGGCGGCUCAGCGGCAAGUUCGCCGGCGCUUUUAAGGGACUCGCCGCAGUAUAAGCCUGCGGGAAACGCUAGUUUGCUGUUAGCAGCUAGCACGACUCCACCAAGCUUAGGUGGCACCGUGUACAGCAGCGGCGGUGGUAGCAGUAGCAUCUGGAGUCCGGCGGUAACGGAGAGCAGUGGAGCAUUUGCGAGUGACCAUCAAAGGUUAACGUGGACGACAACCCCUUCCCAGCAGCAAUGCUAUCAAAAUUAUUCGUCCUACUAUAACAAUAUGGAAUAUCUCUCGCCCGCCUCGCAUCAGUUAAACGUGGACAACGGAGGAAGCGGCCUUGAUAAUUCAUGGAGCAAAACGAGAGACGAAGGUACUUCAUCUUGGUUUUACAAUAGCGCCGGAUGGGGCGAUCGUAAGUGAACCUGCGAGGA